AUGCUCGUCGGCGUCGGCGUCGACCUGGUGCACCUCGCCCGCGUGCGCUCCCUCUGCUCUCGCCGCACCCCGCUCAAACUCGCAUCCCGCAUCCUGAGCACCCAAGAGCUCGACCACUACACCCACACGGCCCACACCCUCGACCAACAGCAUCACUACCUCGCCCUGCGCUGGGCUGCCAAGGAGGCCGCCUACAAGGCCCUGUACCCGCACUGCAAACCUACCUGGAAGGACCUCGCCGUCUCGAAACCAGCACGCUCGCCCAAACCCGCCCUCGCCUGGGCCACCGACUCGUCCUUCGUCGACCCGCACCUCGCCCACCUCGCCAUGCACCUCAGCAUCUCGCACGACAACGACCACCUCGUCGCCUUUGUCGUCGUCGAGCAGCGCCAGCCCUGA